GUGACGUCAGCGUGACCUCACCAACAUGGCGGCGCCCGUCAGCAGCUACGGCUGGUUCGCUUCCGUUUCUAAAAAAGUGGGAAGUUUGCUGUUUAAUUCAGUUUGCAUUGCACAAACAGCGAGGUGCAGUGCCAAAAUGGACUCUGUGGGGCCAACCAAGCUGGAGUUUGCAGUGCAGAUGACAUGUGAGAGCUGCGCAGUUAAAGUCAGAGCUGCUCUGGAGGGAAAACAAGGAGUGAAGUCUGUCAGUGUGGAUGUGGGUAAGGAGGUGGUGUUGGUGGACUCCACUCUCACCGCUGCAGAGGUGCAGGCUUUGAUAGAGAGCACCGGACGCAGGGCCGUGCUAAAAGGCAUGGGAGGAUCAGAGCAAGAUCUGGGUUCAGCGGUGGCCAUGCUGGCGGGUGUGGGGAAGAUCCAGGGGGUGGUGCGCUUCCUGCAGCUGUCGGAGCAGCGGUGCCUGAUCGAUGGGACCAUUGAUGGGCUAGAGCCCGGACCCCACGGCCUCCAUGUCCACAUGCUGGGGGACCUCACAGAGGACUGCCUCAGUUGUGGAGAGCACUAUAACCCCUUUGGAAGACAACACGGCGGUCCAGGGGACUCUGAAAGGCAUGUCGGUGAUCUGGGAAAUAUUGUCGCUGGACCAGAUGGCAGGGCUUCAUUUAGACAAGAGGACAGUCAGAUAAAGGUGUGGGAUGUGAUUGGCCGCUCGCUGGUGGUGGAUGCGGGGGAGGACGACCUGGGUCGGGGCGAUCACCCGCUCUCCAAACAGACCGGGAACUCUGGGGAAAGACUGGCCUGUGGGAUCAUCGCCCGAUCAGCAGGUCUUUUCCAAAAUCCCAAACAGAUUUGUGCGUGUGACGGGGUCACGCUGUGGGAGGAGAGAGACCGGCCCAUCGCAGGGACAGGCCGGAGCAAAGCCAGCACAGAGACCCCCGCAGCACACCUCUGAACCUGAGAACAAACACCUAUCAUAACUGUACCCUGUGGACAGCAAAGGGCACACCGGAGAGAGAUGCAGAGGACAUUUGCUGACAGAGGGUCGAAGCUGGAGUGAGGAAAACAAAGAGCACUUAGCAAAACACACAGCUGGACGGACGACCAAAAUAGCCUUAUUCUCAUGAUUUGUUUCUUUGUGGCUUAUUCAAAUCCUCCCACGGUCGCAGUCUGUGUCCUCUCAGGGUUUCAAAGCUGAUUAAAUCCACAUGGGACUUUGUGACAGUCACCUUUGAUUAGCUAGAUUUCAGUUAAUAUGUUUGUAUAACCAGUCCCUUCUGACACUCCUGUCAUAUCACUGUCUCUUCUGAUGUAUUGGCUGGGAUAAAUGCGCUCUGGUUUGGCAUUAAAAUGUCUAAGUUAAUUAUAGACGGCUCCUUAAAGCAGUAGGAGUAAUUAUUAAGAGGAAAAUCAAAACACAAAUAGGAUUAGAAAGCAGUGGCAUGCUAAUAUUUAGUAUAGUCACUGUCAUGGAGACUUAAAUACCACUUGUUUUUAUUGGGAAUGCAUUGAAAAAAUAGCAACAGAAUAGUCCAAAUAGAUCCUUAAAAGGUUGGGAACUUGGUGGAAUCAUCCAAUUAUGGCCACUCCUGGUAGUAAAUGUUGCAUUAACAUUGACACUUCCUAGUUUAGGGAUUCACAUAGGCCGUCAUGGAUGCACCACAAUGUGAUAUCUUGAAUUAAACAUCUAUAAAGAGGCACAAUAAGAGUGUGAUUGACGUAAAAAACCAUUGAAAUCCGUCCCGCUGUAAUCUGCUUUUGGACUUCCUUUUUGUCCUCCAUUGGUGUGUUCAUUUUGAAUCCAUAAGGUGGUGUGAGUGACUUGGUUAAGAGAGAUUCGAAAGAGCUUGGGAGAGAGAGUUUAAUUCCACAGAGAGUGAAAGGCCAAGGGGGGGGGGGUUAAAGUUUGAGGGAGGGCUUCUUUGAGGGACUGUGCCCUCAGCUGUCUUCACAACAUGGAGUGUACAAUUACCUUAGAACCAAACAGAAACCUGACAAUCUGCUUUAAAUCAACCGUUAUUGUGUGAAUGAUGAUUGAAGUAUAAUUCAAUGACGUAAAACCUCAACCUGUUAACUCUUGAUGAAGACAUCAAUAUCGGCACAGUGUGUGUGUGCAAUGUAUUGGCCAUAUGAGAGUGUGUAGCAAGAUUUGCAUUGAUUUUUUUUAAAGCAAAUUGAGCAUCUGUCUUGUCCUGGUAAUGCAUGAAUAGACUUAUUGAAUUUUCUCCCAAAUGUCCACUCGCUGGUGUCCUUUUCCAUCGGUGUCGGAGGGCCUUGAACGCAUCUUGAAUGUACAAUCGAUGUUUGUUCAAAUGAUCGAUUCACCUGUGGAGCAUUUUCGAUUCAUAAUUGAUGGAGGUGUUGGAAAAUGGUAGAAAAUGUCCUUAUUUACUGGAGUAGAGUCUUUAAAACCCUCUUUCUAAUAAAAAAGUGAUAUAAAUAAGAGAAACUGGAA